UAUCGAUAUUUCUUCACCUCUGAUAGAUAUGCAUAAGUUGUGUCUGUUUAUGUAUUUAUGCGUAUGUCAUAGUGAUAAGUAAAUCUAAAUUUCCACGCUUUUAAAGAAAUUCUAUUAAUUAUAAGUCUUCGAAAGAGUACUGCAACAAAUACAUAAAUAUGUUUGGAUUUAACAUGUUUCCGGAGAUUGUCAGACCUUUCAAUAACCACUAUAGAUGUUUUUCUGUGUCAAUGUUACCGGGUACAUAUCGACGAGAUGUAGAACGUGGAGGGAAAAUAAUCAUGCCACCCUCAGCUUUAGAGCAUCUCACAAGAUUAAAUAUUAGAUUUCCUAUGUUAUUCAGAUUAAGUAACGAAAAAACCAAUAGAAUUACUCAUUGUGGAGUUUUAGAGUUUGUUGCGGACGAAGGAAGAGUUUAUUUACCUUGUUGGAUGAUGUACAAUCUUUUGUUACAAGAAGGAGAAUUAAUAAAUGUUGAAAGUGUAAAUUUACCUGUUGCAACAUUUUCACGUUUUCAACCACAAUCCGAAGAUUUUUUAGACAUCACAAAUCCUAAAGCUGUUUUAGAAAAUGGAUUAAGAAAUUUUGCUUGUCUUACAACAGGUGACAUUAUUGCUAUAAAAUACAAUCAAAGAAUAUAUGAAAUGUGUGUUUUGGAAACAAGACCAGGUCCAGCAGUCACUAUCAUAGAAUGUGAUAUGAACGUUGAAUUUGCUCCACCAUUGGGAUAUGUAGAAAAAGAGACUAAAAAGGAUGAAAAUGUAGUAGAUCCUGCAGAUUUAAUGCCAGCACCAUCUGGUUUUGUGCCAUUUAAAGGAGAAGGUAAUAGACUAGAUGGCAAAAAACGUAGAGAUUUUGCAAAACCAGAAGUUACUACAAGUAAACCGGCUUAUGUUAGAGGAAUACCAGAUUAUGAUUAUAAAAUAGGAACACUUACGUUCUUGCGCAUUAGUAAACCUGUUAAUAAUAAAGAGGCAAAAGACCCUGAUGAAUUUAAAGCAUUCACUGGUGAAGGUUUUUCUCUUAGGAAAUCAAAGUAAUUAAAUAAUUGGUUUAUUUAUUUUCAUACAAUUACAUGUAUUUGUAAAAGUGAGUAUUUAUAUUUGUAAUUAAACUGUUAUACUUUUUAACAAAAAUAGUUUCAUACAGGUUCUACCCAUUACACUAAUAAGUCUUUUUAUAUAAACAAUUUUUUGUAUAUAGAUAAACAAAUUAACCUAUAGUAUAAAAAAUUAUACCCUAUAAUUCAAAUAUCUUACAAGUGAAGUCAAAAAAUUAUCAUUAUAAAAAUAAUAUAUAGUAUUGUAUUAUCACAAAUUAUAGGAUUGCAGUGAGAAUUUUAAUCUACCAAAGGACCCCAGAAAUAUUUACUGGGUUUUGUUGGAUCUUCUGUUAAGAAGAACUCACGACCCAAUGUUAUGAAUUCUUCAAAACUAAUUUUACCAUCAUCAUUAAUAUCAAUAUGACUGAAGGAAAUAACUGCAUCCUAUAAUAAAUAUUUCAGUUUAAUUAAUUCA